GACGUCGGAUGUAUAUGAGCGCAGGCGGCGGGAUCUCUCUGCCCUUUUUACCGCCAUCCGAGCGGAGUCUUUCUUCUCCGGGACCUCCUCACUGCGCAGCGCCGCUUCACCAGCCACCGCCUCCGGCCACACAGCAGCCAGCGACGCAUCACCUGAGACUCAGCUAAGAUGGCAGACAUCGACAACAAAGACCAGGCUGAGAUGGACCCGGCAGAUAUGGAGGACGUGGAGGAAGUUGAAGAGGAGGAGACGGGAGAAGAUGAAAACAGCAAAGCUCGUCAGCUGACCGUGCAGAUGAUGCAGAAUCCACAGAUCCUGGCUGCUCUGCAGGAGAGGCUGGAUGGUCUGAACGGCUCGCCGUCGGGGUACAUGGAGAGUUUACCGAAGGUCGUAAAGAGACGUGUAAACGCCCUCAAGAACCUGCAGGUCAAAUGUGCCCACAUUGAGGCAAAGUUCUACGAAGAAGUCCAUGAACUGGAGAGAAAGUACGCGGCCCUCUACCAGCCCCUCUUCGACAAAAGAAGUGACAUAGUGAAAGCAGCUUAUGAGCCCACGGACGAGGAAUGUGAAUGGAAGGCAGAUGAGGAGGAAGAGCUGACAGUAAGUAAGCAGGACGAGAUGAAGGAGAAGGCCAAGUUAGAGGAGGAGAAGAAGGACGAGGAGAAGGAAGACCCCAAAGGCAUCCCGGAGUUCUGGUUAACGGUUUUCAAAAACGUGGACCUGCUCAGUGACAUGCUGCAGGAACACGAUGAACCCAUCCUUAAACAUUUACAAGAUAUUAAAGUAAAGUUCUCAGAUCCAGGACAGCCCAUGAGCUUCACGUUAGAGUUCCACUUCGAGGCCAACGACUUCUUCACAAACACAGUGUUGACGAAAACCUACAAGAUGAGGUCAGAGCCCGACGAGACCGAUCCUUUCUCCUUCGACGGACCAGAGAUCAUGUGCUGCACAGGUUGCACAAUUGAGUGGACGAAGGGCAAGAACGUCACGUUGAAAACAAUCAAGAAGAAACAGAAGCACAAGGGCCGCGGCACAGUGAGGACGGUCACCAAAACGGUCCCCAACGACUCCUUCUUCAACUUCUUCACCCCACCAGAGGGUAAGGAUGACGUUCCAGAAAAUGGAGAGUUGGAUGAGGACUCGGAGGCGGUUCUGGCCGCAGACUUUGAAAUUGGCCACUUCAUCCGUGAGCGAAUCGUACCUCGGGCUGUGCUCUACUUCACAGGAGAGGCCAUAGAGGAUGACGACGACGAUUACGAUGAAGAGGGAGAGGAGGCGGACGAUGAGGAAGGAGAGGAGGAGGCCGACGAGGAGAACGACCCCGACUACGAUCCCAAGGUUUAAGUGGUGACAGUAGAAAAAUAACCCUAUCCUGAAGGAUGCAGCCCCCCCAGCUGAGUGCAAGCAGCAGUGAAGCCCGGCCCGGCUGCCUCGAGGAUCAACUGCACUGUAACGGCUUCUCAAAAUUAAAAGAAAACAAAUAAAAACACAUCUUAAAAAAGAAAAAAAAAAAAAAAAUAGUUACUUACCGCCUUAUAAUGUUUUGUAUUUUUCUUGGUAGAGAAUUUGAAGAAAAAAAAUAAAAGUUUCAAGAUUUUUGUUACAAAAACUCAUGGUAAUAUACUGGGAGCUGUGUGGCUCAAUAUACAUAGUAUUUUACUAGACCUGUUUUUUUUUCCUUCUCUUCCUCCUUCUCUGUACGAUAGAUAGAAUACAGGAAAAAAAAAAACUCCCUCAAAAAGCAUGAACUUGUUUCUUCACUGCUAAAAAAACUAGUUUGGGUUCUUGUGAAGUCUUUUGUUGUAUUUGCUCUUAGACAACAGCUGUGGUUUAGACUGCAUCGCGGCAAUUUAUACCUUCCCCUCUCCCCCCCACCUUCUCCUCUUCCUCCUACCAAAGUUCCAGGUUGGUUCGGUUCCGGUUGUCCCAGGUGAAUAUUUUUUUAUUCUUAGCGGGGCCUAAGCACUGUAGCAUUUCCAGCUCUAGCGACGGAGGAUAGACGGGGGGUGACCCGCCGCCGGGGUGUCUAUUCCAGUUUAUCUAAUCUUGCUGAGCAUGGGAUCCGGAGUUUUUUGGCCACAUCCUGCGCCACUUGUGCUCAACUACUUUUCCACUCUCGAUACAUUCCAGUAAGCAGACUGGCCGGCACCGUCGGCGAAACCUCUCUUCAAAAAACACUUCAACUGGACUAAAAAUGAUUGUUUCGACCUCUUCGUGGCAUCGUGGGUCGCUCCCAGGGCCUCGGCACAGCCUGGUUGAGUCUCUUUAACAUUCCAGAGAAUUCUUAGGAUGAGACAGUUUUGGCGGGAUGGGUCCGGCUCGAGGCCUCAGUGCUUCAGGCUCCUCGUAGGCUCGCAAGUGGCGUGGCUGUCGUCUUUUUUCUAUAGCACUUUGUACUAGUGUGUGGUGUACCGGUGGCGUCCUAUCAUUGGUUAGCUGUCUGAGUACUCCUUGUAAAGCAGCACUUUUCUUUUGGGCGAUCUGUAGAGAGUUCAAUGUGUGCUAUCUGGUCUCUAAGUACCAGUAGGGAGGCACACUUGGCCUGUUCAGAGAGGCUUCGUAGGAACAGGGUUGGGCAGAUGUAGCACAGUGAAUGAAAAGGAAACCAGGUUCACCCUACCCCCCCCCCCCUCCCCAUCAGUUUAUAACAUUUACCUCUUGGUGUCACCAAUUUGUGACCGAUCAGGUGACUCGCGCGGACCUCAGCCCAGCCCCUGAGGUCUCGGUUCAUUUUUUAUCACUGUGAAAGAGCGAGGGGACGCGUGACAAGGCCAUCGUUACUGGCCAAUGACCCACCACCCCUCCUUAUCCCCCCCACCCAAAAAACUCCUUUCCUUCGUUACCCAGAAGGCCACAGGGAAAGCACGUCAGAGCAAUACUCAAAGUCAGGAAAGGGGGGGACCGAGAAGAAAACCGUAGCCUGCCUCCCUCCCACUCCAUCCUCAAUGCCUUCUUUAGUUGUGGAAACAGCCAAACGUUGGUUGUGUUGGGUGGGCGGCGGCGCCGUGUCCACCGUGGAGAGCCAGGGUACUUCUCAUUCUGCAGGUAGUAUUCAGAUCAUGUUCAUCGGGGGAAAAAAGGACGUGAAGGCGGUUUCUGUAGGGUCCUUCUGAGCAGCUGUUGUCAAGGCAAAAUGCUAUGCUACAAAAAUACUAAUGUACUCAAUAACUGUACGUGUAUGUUCAUGAAUAAAUUGGUUAAACAUG